AUGGCGUUGGCGCAGACAUCAACCGGGACGUGUGUGGUGCUGAUUGGCGUGGCAGGCUGCAGCGCAUCGGGCAAGACGACUGCUGCUCACCGACUCGCGGCGCUGCUGCACUCACCGCUACACCCCAUCGGCAUGGAUGACUUCUUCAAUCCCAAGAUGUGCGAGGAGCUCGGCACGUGGGAGGACCCACGCUGCAUUCGCGUCGACGACUACGCUCGUUUUAUCUCUGAUAUUCGACGACAGCUGCAACGCGGUGACAGUGCCGACACAGAUCCCUCAGAUGCGGCCUCGGACCUGCGGGAGGUGAGCUGCGUCGCUGCAUUGAUGCGCCACCAGCAGCACGACGCACCGACAUCACCAGCAUCAGGUACGGAUCUGCAGGAGCUGCACUCGGAUGACUCACUGACGGCCCACGAGCAGGAGGACGCGCAGCAACGGCACCGCAGUGCUGAAAUACACGCUGCAGAGAGAAGCGACAACAGGAAUGCAGUCUGCAUAAACCCUGCGAAUGAUAAGACGGUGUACAUCGUGUGCGAAGGGUUUCUCUUAUUCGCGGAUCCUCGUGUCACCGCGCUGUUUGACCAUUUUGUUUUUGUUGACGUUGACGACGAGACGGCUUGUCUGCGCCGUUUCUUCCGAACACCACGCCGUCACCCGCGCCGCCAGGGCCUUUCAGAGCGCAUCAGCCGCAUGUUCCAUUGCCGUCGAGAUUUUUUGCCACGUGCUACUGAAACAAUGAAUGACGCACUGCUGCCUUUGUCGUUUCUGAAGUUGAUACCUCGCCUGCAGUAUGUCCCACCGCAGCCAGGGGUGCCUGUCGACUACACCCGCUUUUGGCUCAAGCAGGAGUAUCGGCAGCACCCACCACCGCCGCUUGGUGACGACUGUGAUUGGGAGGCGCCGUCGUGCUCAUGGGUGGAGGUGACAGACCUCCCCUACAUUGAGCAAGCGCUGCAAUCGCGGCUGGCUUCUGCAGAUGAUUCGGGAAACGCUGGUCCUGCUGCUACUGCUACUGCUCUUGAUCCAAUUGUUCUGGAUGAUGACUCUUUACUGGAGAAGUACUUUGAGUUUCGCUACUGGUUUUUCUUCGAGGUACUGUACUAUCACCAUAUGCUGCGCCCGAUGGCGGAGGAGCAUGUGGCUGCUGCGAUUCAGCAGAGGCGUAAUGAGGAGGACGAUGCGUUUUGUGUGUCGCGCAUCCUUACUGGUGCGACCGUCUCUGAGGCAUCGUUUGAUGAACAGCUUUGCCAUCUCGCAGAGCGGUUGGCGGGGCAUCAAUUCCAGCAGCGGCAGCAAUUGUGA